AUGCGGACGCCUACUGGCGCGAAGUUGAGUCUCUCCCUCCUCUUAACGAAGCAGCAGCAAUUGCUGAGAAAGCAGCAGCAGCAGCAGCAGCAGCAGCAGCUGCUGCUGCUGCUGCUGCUGCUGCUAAGAAAGAGGGGGCCGCGGAUGGAUGAAACGCAGCGCACGCAGCUGCUGCCUGCAGCAGCACUUUGCUGUAGCUGUCUUUUGCUUUUACUUCGACAGCAGCUGCAGCAGCAGCAGCUGCAGCAGAAGCUGCAGCAGCAGCAACUGCAGCAGAAGCUGCAGCAGCAGCAACUGCAGCAGAAGCUGCAGCAGCAGCAACUGCAGCAGAAGCUGCAGCAGCAGCAACUGCAGCAGAAGCUGGUUUAG